AUGUACAAUUCAAUUCUGCUAAUUCUCUUCUUCUUUUGGGAUCUUCUGAUCAUUCUUGCUAGUGCCAUUCCCACUCAAUAUUCGCCUCCUGAUAGUAUUGCCAUUUCUUGUGGUUCCUCUGGCAAUUCUACUGCGCUGGAUGGACGAGUUGUGGAGGAUAAUACGCGAAUGGACCAAUGGGCUGGAGCAUCCAAAGUUGCAGCAUACAGGGACUAUAUUGUAAUGAUGGAGGGAGAUAAAAUGAUGGGUAUGCGCAAUCUCACCAUCAGUUUCCGAUCAAAACUCAGCAUCCUGAAUGGUUUAGAAGUAUUCAAGUUGAGCAACCCUGACAACAGUCUUGCCGGCAUGGGUCCAGUUCAUGAGGUGCAGAAUUUAACAUCAACAACAAGGCAAAGGAAACUACUGUCAUUUGGCAGUAGGAAUGCUAUUGCAACUGCACUGACGAUUAUAAUUACCUUGCUGAACAUAGCAGUCUACCAUUUAAGAAGUGUUUCGGACACGAAUUCUGGCCCCAGGAACAUAAUCUCACCAUCUCGAGAAUAUGAGUGCCGCAGAUGCUUACAUACUCAACCACAUGGGCGACCUGCAAUGGCUGAUGUGGUGAUGAGCCUUGAGUUAGCACUGGUUUUGGAACAGAACAAGGAUACCGUUGAGCAGGUAGAGGAGGAUAUGAAUGUAGGCAGAACUUACAGUGAUCAUAGUGAAGGUGCUAUUUUCAUGGACGACAUAAGUAUAUCGCCUCCAAAGGGUGACUCAGAAAGGGCAACCAGUGAUGAGAUUCCAGGCUUGUUUCCAAAAAUCAGAGGCAGUGAUCAGAAGAAUACAAAGACAAAGACGAGAGAUAGCUCCGGCAAUUUGUCACAAAGGUGGUGGGAUCUGUUCGGAAUUUUGCCAAAAACACCAUCAAAGACGAAAGCUUCACCAUUGCUACCAGAAAAAGCCGAAUGUUUUAGCAUCACCGCAACUAACGCAGCUGCCGCUGUGUGCAACGGUACCAGAAUUGCCGACUGCAUUCCAGACGACGAAGAAUUCUCGAUGGAAUUGGAUAUAAGUAGAAGGAAUCUUUUGGUUCCCAAAGUACCAUCAAAGACUAUUCCUGUUCUAAAACCAACGAAGCUCUCCUGCGACGCAGAUGUACAAGCAAGUUGCAUAGAUAGACCGAACCAAUUCUAUGAUAAACGACCUUGCAAUUACAAGAAUUUGUGCGACCGUCCUCCCAUCGCCAAAAGAGCCAAUUGUCUGAGCAUCAUUGUGGCCGCCCCCAGCAGCGGGCCGAGGUGCAAUGCAACAAUAGCCAAGUGCGUUGCCAAAGAGCGACCUUGCUCGGGAUAUCUGAUGAUCUUCGAAGAGUCUAAUGUGGUUACCAAGCUCCUCCGUGUUCUUUAUUGCUUUAGAAUCGCCAAAAGAGCCAAUCCCCAGCAGCGGGCCAAGGUGCAAUGCGAAAAUAGCCAAGUGUGGUUCCAAAGAACGACCUUGCAACUAUCAAAAUCUUUGUGCUCGGGAUAUCUGAUGAUCGUUGAAGAGUCUAAUGUGGUUACCAAGCUCCUCCUUAUUCUUUAUGGCUUUAGAAUGUAUGAACCCCAUUCCAUCAAGCAAUAG